AUGGGUCAAUUCCUCGCCUCCGUCCCCAGCUCCAUGUCUACCGGCCUGGACCUCACUCACUACACUGAGACGGCAGGCUUUCUGGAUAAGUCGGGUGAUUGCCGUGAGUGCGGGGUCAUCUAUGACACGCGGAUCGAGUGUCAGACGCCACAUGAUCGAAACGCUGUUUUGGCCAAGUUGGCCGCAAUUGCGGGGCAUGUGGAGAAGGACGAGAACGAUACAUACACAUUCCUCGUGCUGAAGAGCUUGGAUACCGAGACACAUGUAAGGAUUUUCGAGAGAUAUGCAAGCUGGGAGGCAAUGGAGGCCCAUCAGAGAGGGGAAAAGUUGGUGGACUUCUGGUUGGGCUGUAAGGGGGAGAUUAAGAGUAUGGAGGGAAGGCCGUACGCCCCUAAUCGUAAGGGUUGGCUGCACCACUAG